AUGGGUGCUGGUCACUACUACAAGAUCCUGAAGGCGAAUCUGAAUGCCGCAUGUGAGAAGGCGAGGAAGGCGUACAAGAGGCUGGCGAUGAUAGGGCACUCAGAUGAUAAUAACAAUCAACAACAACAACAGGCAGCUAUGACAGAAGUGCUCAGCAACCCCAAGAAGAGCCUGGCCCUGGCCUAUGAUUACCAUGGCGGACGUCUCUUUCCCCUUGUGGUGAUGGAGUACAAAUUGGAGUGUACUCUUGAGCAGAUUUACAAUGGUUGCACAAGGAGAAUGAAGGUCAAACAGACUGUUCCUGAUCAAUUCAUUGGAUGGAAGGAUGUUGGAGAAGAAAUCUUCAACGUAGAGAUUGCCCCUGGUUGGAAGAAGGGAACAAAAAUAAUGUUCUCUAAGAAAGCAAGCCGAACAGCUUAUGCUAGAGAUACAAUUUUUGUAUUGCAUCAAAAACCCCAUCCUCUAUUUGUAAGGGAUGGGAAUAAUUUAAUUGUUACUCAUAAAACGUUGUUUGCAGAGUGUCUCGCUGGAAAAACCAUCCAUAUAAAAACUUUGGAUGGAAGAGACCUCAACAUUGGUGUGACAGAGAUUGUCACACCAAGUUAUGUGGUGGUGGUUCCAAAUGAAGGAAUGCCAGUCCCAAAGAAACCUGGGAGGAAAGUGGUAGCCACCGUAUUUGCCGUAUGGUGUAACUUUGCAAGUAAGCGUUUUUGUGAUUUUGGUUUGUAA